AUGAACUCCGGCGUCUUCGAAUCUCCGACAUUCUCGCAAGAUCGCCGACGUCCUCGCAAGAUCGCCGACCUCGGUCGUGUCGAUUUUCUCCCGCACAAGCGCCUGCUGCUAUCUUCUCUUAUGGCAAUGCGAUUGGAAGGGGUCAGGAGGGAGAAGAAGAUGAUGUCGGCUCUCUUAAGGGGGGAUGAGGGGAUUGGUCGGAGAAAAGAAGGAAGAAUAAGAUGGAAUAAGAAGUUGGAACGUAGGUGA